UGUUAUUUAUUGUUUAUUUUAAUAUUCUUAAGGUGCACGUCGAACUGCCACAACAAUCUGCCAAUACUUACGUGGUUCGUUGGUCGUCGAGGAUGUCCGCUCCGCGUGAACUGCGACAACGCGACAAAUUACUUCGGAGCAAGUCGCCACUUCGACGAGCUGAGGAGGACGAUCGAGGCAGAAGCGGACGCAAUACGCGAGUUUGCAUCAAGAAGCGGGUGCGAGUUUGCCUUCCUGCCACCUCGAGCACCGUACAUGGGCGGACUGUGGGAGGCAGGGGUGAAGUCGGAAAAACUCCUUCUGCUAAGGUCGGCCGGAAGCGCUCUCCUCACCGCAGAGGAACUGGAGACCGUGAUGGUGGGGAUCGAGGCAGUACUAAACUCGCGCCCGCUCGGAUCACUAAGCCCAGACCCAAGCGACGGAGACGCUCUGACUCCCUGGCACCUGCUGAUAGGCGGGCCGCUCAUCGCACCCCCAGCACCCCGGACCACGGACCAGGAGGGUCUGAGCUGCUUAAAUCGAUGGCGGCUUGUCUCGUCAGCCAGGCAAAUAUUCUGGCAGCGAUGGUCCCGGGAGUAUGUGCUGAGCUUUCAAAUUCUGCCUAUGGGUUGAAGCCUCACAGGCCUGCAACGGUUCCAGUGUCGCGUCACGCCGCUAAUUUUUCUAUUUUGUUAAUUUUUGAAGU